UGUGGUGGCGGCAGGCGGCCGAGCGCGCGCCAUUCCGACCCACCAUCAUCCCUUCCCCAUGCCUCCUCCUCCGCCGUCCAUGGCGCCCUCCGCCCUGCCUUCCAGAACCUCCCACCGCCACUCCCUUCGCUCCCAGGCCCCUCCUCCUCCGAGGGAGGCCACCGUCCCCUGCUGCGUCUCCCGGCGGCGGGCCGCCGCGCAGCUCCUCCUCUCGGCCGGCCUCCUGACUGCCGUCUCGUCCUCGCCGCCGGCGCUCGCCGCCAGGAGGGGCCGCCGGACCAUCGCGCCGGAGGACUACGCGUCCACACCUGAUGGCCUGAAGUACUACGAUCUCAUUGAAGGGAAGGGCCCAACUGCCGAGAAGGGAUCAACUGUCCAGGUUCAUUUCGACUGCAUAUACCGUAGCAUCACCGUGGUGUCGAGCCGCGAGGCCAAGCUCCUCGCAGGGAACCGGAGUAUCGCACAGCCCUAUGUGUUCACCGUCGGAUCGCUGCCUGGAAAAGAGCGGAAGCGCGAUUUCGCAGACACCGCCAAUGGGCUGUUCUCCGCGCAGGCUUCGCCGAAGCCUCCACGGGCAAUGUACAUGAUAACCGAGGGGAUGAAAGUUGGGGGGAAGAGGAGGGUGAUUGUCCCUCCAGACCUGGGUUAUGGGAAAAAGGGGCAGGGCGAGAUACCGGCUGAUGCUAGUUUUGAACUGGAUAUAGAGCUUUUGGAAGUGAUCCCUCCUACAGAUAGUUGACCAUUUUUGCUUACACAUGGAAAAUACUGAUGAGGUACCUGUGAAGCUUCACAAAUUUUAGAGGGAUGUAUUUGCUUUAUACUUUUUUCGUUCUUAUCAAACGAGAGCUGUAACCGAGAAUAUGUUAAUAUUAUAUUUUGGCUGGACAUAUAUCGAAACGUUGGGACGCAAAGCUUUUGCGUUUUGUCGA